AUAUUUAACUUUACCUUUUCUUCGCUUUGUGGUCUCAGUGCGGUGAAAGCACUUCCCAACAAGGGAUGGAAUCAAACACAUUAUAGGCACUCAAAUUUCUCAGUAACAUAGGCUGCUCUGAUCUUGGUGUUCAGUACUUCGUGGUCCGGGGGUUUGAUGGAGAGCAAGCCCGGCUCAUCCAGACCCGACCGCAAAACGACAGAGAGAAACAGGAGAAAUCAAAUGAAGGCACUCCUCUCCAAGCUCCACUCCCUUGUUCCUCCACAGAGUCCUAGGGAAUCAACGUUAUCACAGCCCGAUCAGUUAGGCCAAGCGGCCAAUUACAUAAAGAACUUACAAGUGAAGGUAGAGAAAAUGAGGGAGCAGAAAGAGAGGUUGUUAGAAAUAGAAAAGAUCAACAAGAGCAUGAAGAAUGGACAGAUGAUCGGAUUCAAGUCGUCGGAGAUCAGAAUUCAAAAAACCGAGUCAAUCCUGGAGGUUGUUCUUGUUACUGGAUUGGAUGGCCAGUUCAUGUUUAAUGAGACUGUUCGAGUGAUUCAUGAAGAAGGAGCUGAUAUCGUCAGUGCCAGUUUCUCUAAUGUUGGUGAUGCAAUGCUUCACACCAUUCAUGCCAAGGUUGAAGAUGGCGAUUCUUCAGAUGAGAGAGUGUCUCAAAGGCUACAGAAGAUUGUCAAUGAUGUUGAUGGAGUUUCAUCCUGACAUGGUACCAUGUUAUUGCAAUCGUUUUGUCCUCUCACACUCUCUCUGAGCAAUUUCCUCACUUGCUGACUGUUUGUGUGGUCAUUGACACACUUAUUAGUAUCUGGAACAACACACUGAAAUCUUUCAUUUGUUUAUGUAGUUCAUGUCUGAAUGCAAGCAGCAACCUUCUUUGAAUA